GCAUUUUCCUUCGCUCUCUUAAUUCUUCGCAAACCCUAAUACGCAAAACUACAGGAAGGCAGCCAGGUGGCCGAAACUCAGAUCCCGUUUCUCUAUCCAUUACCCGAUAUCGGCUGAUGGCGAUUGACAAAACUGAUCCGAGCCCGCAACAGCCGAGCAAGCUGCGGUGGGGGGAGCUGGACGAGGACGAUGGAGAGGAUCUGGACUUCUUGCUGCCGCCGAAGCAGGUCCAUGGACCGGACGAGAACGGGAUUAAAAGGGUGAUCGAAUAUAAGUUCAACGAGGACGGGAACAGGGUCAAGAUCACCACCACGACGCGGGUCCGGAAACUCGCGAAGGCUAGGGUUAGCAAACGGGCCAUGGAACGGAGAGGCUGGGCUAAGUUCGGCGAUGCAGUCCACGAGGAUGUUGGUAGUCGUCUCACCAUGGUAUCGACCGAGGAGAUCCUUCUCGAACGACCUAGAGCGCCUGGUUCCAAACCAGAAGAACCAAAAGUGGCAGGAGAUAGCUUGGCUCAACUUGGUAAAGGAGGUGCCAUCCUCAUGGUUUGCAGAACCUGUGGUAAGAAAGGGGACCACUGGACAUCUCGAUGUCCUUACAAGGAUCUUGCCCCACAAACUGAAGCUUUUGUCGAUAAACCUGCUGCUUCGGAAACAUCUGCUGCAGCUGCAGGAAGUGGCAAGUCAACUUAUGUUCCUCCAAGCAUGAGGGCAGGAGCAGAGAGAACUGGUGGAUCGGAUAUGAGACGUAGAAAUGAUGAGAACUCAGUUCGAGUCACAAACUUAUCCGAAGACACUCGGGAACCAGACUUGCUCGAGCUGUUCCGAACGUUUGGACCAGUUACUCGAGUUUAUGUUGCCAUUGAUCAGAAGACUGGCGUCAGCAGAGGAUUUGGUUUUGUCAACUUUGUAAACAGAGAAGAUGCUCAGAGAGCUAUCAACAAACUCAAUGGAUAUGGUUAUGACAAUCUCAUCCUCCGGGUUGAAUGGGCCACUCCUAGAGCAAACUAGGUGCCCUUGUUUUUGUUCUCUCUAUUUUAAGGCUCUUGAAAAAAGUUAUGAAGGCUUGAUGAUGGAUCCGUAAUGUGAUUUUUUGUUAGUUUUAAUUUAUAAUUUCACAUAACUUUGUAAUUUACCUAUUUUUGUUUCUCUUUUAUAUUCUUAGUUUAUACGUGUUAAUUUGUUGCGCCA